CUCCAGUUUGCCUGGGACUUGUGAGGAUUAUUGAGUCUCUGGAUUACUAAAGUGUCCACUUUGGCCGGAGGAGAAAGGGCACACUAUUACUUGUAGUUUGGAGUACAGCAUGGGAUGCUCUGGGAGCCAGCAGUGCGGUGGAUGACCUCCAGCAUGUGGCCAUCACAGCUGGAUCUUACACUUGUGACCAUCUGCCGUGUGUGACCAAGGGUAAUGACCAGGCAUAGCACCAACCCUGGAGAUGCCGAAGAGAAGAGAUAUUCUUGCCAUCGUAUUGAUUGUGUUACCAUGGACCCUCCUCAUCACUGUGUGGCACCAAAGUGCAAUUGCACCUCUGCUUGCCAUCCGAAAGGAUGUUGGGACAGAGACCAGACAUGAAACUGGUGCAGCCACGGACUCAAAGGAAUACUGCUCACAAGACAAGGACAUAGUGGAGGUGGUCCGUACGGAGUAUGUGUACACAAGACCUCCACCCUGGUCUGAUGUAUUGCCCACCAUCCAUGUCAUCACCCCGACAUAUAGCCGUCCAGUUCAGAAGGCCGAGCUUACACGAUUGGCCAACACCUUCCUCCAUGUGCCCAACCUUCACUGGAUCCUCGUGGAGGACUCUCAGAGAAGAACCCCUCUAGUCACAAGGUUGCUUAGGGAGACGGGGCUUAACUACACACACCUCAAUGUGGAGACCCCACGGAACUAUAAACUGCGAGGGGACAUGAGAGAUCCCCGGAUUCCUCGAGGAACCAUGCAGAGGAACCUGGCUCUCAGAUGGUUACGGGAGACCUUCAACUCCAACAGCAGCCAGUCUGGAAUUGUCUACUUUGCAGAUGAUGAUAAUACAUACAGCUUAGAGCUCUUUGAGGAGAUGCGCUCGACCCGCAAGGUAUCUGUGUGGCCUGUAGCGUUUGUUGGAGGUCUACGGUAUGAAUCUCCGAAGGUCAAUGCAGCAGGGAAAGUGUAUGGCUGGAAAACAGUGUUCGACCCUCACCGGCCCUUUGCCAUCGACAUGGCAGGUUUUGCCAUUAACAUGCAUCUCAUUCUGUUCAAGCCUCAGGCCUAUUUUAAGUUGCGGGGGGUGAAGGGAGGCUACCAGGAGAGCAGCUUACUCAGAGAGCUGGUCACUCUCAAUGACCUUGAACCAAAAGCUGCCAACUGCACUAAGAUUCUAGUGUGGCACACACGGACAGAAAAACCCGUCCUUGUGAAUGAAGGCAAGAAAGGCUUCACAGACCCAAAUGUGGAGAUCUGACAUCUGCUUCAGCAACGGUAAUGGAGAAAGCAAUCUGUGCAGACUUAAUAAUCUCAGUGUCAAUGAGAGACAUAGAAGGACAUGGAACCAUAUGUUUAAAACGCAUCUGGCCCUGCUAAGUGACUGUGAACUGUGGCUCUGUACUGAUUUAUCACUGAACAGUCCUUUUUGUUUUUCAGGGUCAUUUGCAACAAGACCCAAAAAUAGAUGGUAGAGAGAUAAAACCACCUUCAAGUUUUUUAACAGUUUGGAAUGCUUUUUCCUGUAAACCACAAUUAAAUAAGCUCAACAAUAUGGACCUAACAUUCUAAAGCACAGAUAUUUUUUUGAAAAGGCAAUAUGAUCAGUAUUUUGUGAGAACAAACAUCAAACCCAGAAGGCACUUGCCGUAUAAAGACAGAAUGCAUA